AUGCGUAUGUCUUCCCUCUUCCCCAUCAUCAAGGACCUCAUCCCCAUCGUCAUGCCACAUUCUGUCCACGUUACAAAGACCACAGCCCUAGAUGAGGCGACGGGUCAAACAGAAGGCAUGAUCAGACAAGGAGCCAUCAUAGGCAAGUCUGACAAGAUUUGCGCGUCAGUAAUGAUAGCAAAACCGCAUACAUCCUCCGCAGUCCACCAUCACGGCGAACAAGACACAAUAAUCUUCGCCAAAUCCGGCCACGGCACCAUAAUAUCCAACGACGGCAAGACCCGCCAAGAGCUCAGCCCCGGCGACUUCGCCCUGAUUCCAGCCUGGACCGAGCACCAAGAAGCGAACGAGGGCGAUGAGGAGGUCGUCUGGAUCAUUACGCGGAGUGGAGGGAGUCCUGUGGUUGUUAAUCUUGAGGGGUGGGGUGGGAGAAUGAAAUGA